UCAAUCCCUCGUUGUUCUCCACAGAUUCAUAGCCAACAAACAAAUGUGAUUUUAGUCAAACACAUCAAGUGCCAUCCUCAAUAACCUAAGUUAAAACAGUUACAAUGCAUUUUUCUGCAUUUAUCAUCCUCCUGUUGCCAGUUGUUAUAAAUGGCGGUUUGGCGGGAAUAAAAGUAGCCAAUCUACAAUUACGACCAAAGGCAAGCUGUGACUACAUGCCAGAGAAUCGUCAAUAUGAUUGCCGCAACAUCGUCGAUAAGUUCCCCAACGUUUUCUAUGGUAAUUAUCACCUCAAAUGUACUGAUUGCUCAUUACCUGUCUUCAAGAAGGAAGCAUUUCCUCACAACAAUGACCUCAUCAGUUUCAAUAUGACAAACAGUGAUAUUCAAGCUAUUGCCAAAGAUGCUUUCCAACAUUUAACAACUCUACAAUACAUUUAUCUACAAAACAAUGCAUUGAAACGCAUUGAUGAAGGUGCAUUCAAUGGUCUAAGACAAAUUUUCGAAUUACAUCUUGAUCACAACGAAAUAAAAGACCUAAAACAUGGAUUUGUGAAUGGAUUUGAAGCAAAUUCACUGUUUUUGAGCCAUAAUCUGAUUGAGGAGGUACCCAACAAAGUAUUUGAAGGUAUUUAUGGUGCAAUGACUCUGGACCUGUCCCAUAAUAAGAUUUCUACAUUACACAAAGACUCCUUUGAGUUUCUGAAAGGUUUAGAAUAUUUAGACCUACAAGGAAAUAAAUUAUGCAACCUUCCACUUGGUGUGUUCAAACAUAUCAGACUAUUGAAGGAUUUGAACCUGUCAGAGAAUCAUUUCAAGCGCUUCCAUCUUGGGACAUUCUCUGGUUUACCUAAUCUAUAUGCACUGAAUCUAACCCAUAAUCCAUUGGCAGUUGUUGAUCCUGCAAUGUUGACAUCAAUGGAGAAUAUUAGUGUUUUGGAUGUGACUGACACUGGCAUUGAUUUUGUUGAUGCGAUGGAGAUUCAUGGAAGUGCUCCACAGUUGAAACACAUUGGACUUGCUGACAACCUGUGGAAUUGCAGGGUUUUACAAAACAUCAUUCAGUACCUAAGAACUAAGCAGAUGGUUGUGAUGGAACAUCAUCAUUAUGACGUGACCAACAUCAAGGGAAUCGCUUGCACGAAUCAAGCCAUUACAGGCGAAAGAAUUCCAUUCGAUGUGUUUUUAAAGUAUGUUAGACGACAGACCGAUGAAAGUCAGAAAAAUAUCUGUUAGAGGUUAUGUUUUAAGGUUAUGUGUUCAAUACAUGUAGAAUUUAUCAUUAGGUUUAUUUCACGUUGAAGUUUUUGGGAGGAAUAUAAGUGGAUUCCGAAUUUCUGUAAUAACCAUUUAAACCCACUUAAAAUUUCAUCGCAUAUUAAAAAGUUUUCCAUUUU